CCGCCGCCGGGAGCCGCGGGUGGGUCCGCCGGGGGCUCGGGGGGAGGACGGGACCUCCAGGAAGAGGAGGGUCCCCGCUCCCGCCCCCGAGGGGAGGGGACGCGGAUUUCGGGCUGAUCCCGACCCCGCAUCCGCUUCCCGCGGGCGGCCCCGAUCCCGGGAGAGCGGGACUGGGAAGCAGAGGCCGCGGACAGGGGGAGCCCGGGGAUCGGGGGAUGCUAAGGGGCCAUGGCCUCGCUGCUGUCGGUGCAGGAGGAGAACCGGAUCCUGCAGCAGGAGCUGUCGCGGGUGGAGGAUCUGCUGGCGCAGAGCCGGGCGGAGCGCGAUGAGCUGGCCAUCAAAUACAACGCGCUCAGCGAGCGGCUGGAGCAGAGCCUGCAGCCGGAGCCGGGGGAAGCAGCCGAGAGCCGGAGCCUGGCCCAGCACAACAUCGAGCUCCGGAGGCUGCUGGAGGAGGAGCAGGCUGCCUACAAGAGGAAGCUCCAGGCCUACCAGGAGGGCCAGCAGCGCCAGGCCCAGCUGGUGCAGAAGCUCCAAGCCAAGGUGCUGCAGUACAAGAAGAAAUGCGGGGAGGUGGAGCAGCAGCUGCUGGAGAAGGCGACGGAGCUGGAGCAGGAGAGGCUGACGAUCCAGCUGGAUGCCAGCGGCUCCCAGCCCGAGGAGGAGAGCAGCAACGAGCUGGAGAAUGCCCUGAUCCGGCUGGAGGAGGAGCAGCAGAGGAGCAGCAGCCUGGUGCAGGUGAACUCGAUGCUGCGGGAGCAGCUGGAACAGGCCAACGUGGCCAACGCGGCGCUGAGCGAGGACAUUCGGAAGCUCACGGCCGACUGGGCACGGGCCCGGGACGAGCUGGAGCAGCGGGAGGCGGAGUGGAGACGCGAGGAGGAG